AUGUCGUCUAUGCCAAUUAUUUCUGCAUCAUUUCAAGUACCGCAAGUUGCAAAGCCUGAAAUUGUUCGCCGGACGGCAAAUUUUCCACCAAGCAUAUGGGGAGAUCGCUUCAUCAACUAUGAUUCCCAACACACUAAGACUGAUGCCAUUUGGCAGCAACAGGUUGAAAAGCUGAAAACAGUAGUGAAGAGGGAAGUUUUUACUAAUGAAGGUGAUUUUUCACAUCGACUGAAGUUCAUUGAUGCAAUACAACGACUUGGCGUGGCAUACCAAUUUGAACAUGAAAUAGAAGAAUCACUACAACAUAUCCAUGCUAAAUAUCAUCAUGAUCAGUACCGUGAUGACAACCAUCUUUACAAUGCUGCGCUAUGUUUUCAGCUUUUAAGGCAACAUGGAUAUCAUAUUUCAUCUGAUAUCUUCAACAAGUUCAAAGAUUCAAAUGGUAGCUUCAAAAAAUGCUUAAUUGCUGACCCCUGUGGUAUGCUAAGCCUCUAUGAGGCGACACAUCUUAGGGUUAAUGAAGAAGAUAUACUUGAAGAGGCUCUUCUGUUCACCACCGCUCAACUCGAGUCUGUGCUUAAUAACAAUGUAAGCUAUCCAGCACUACUGACUGAACAAAUAACUGAAGCUUUGAAGAGACCUCUUCGAAAAAGUCUAGAGAGAUUAUGUGCCAAGUGUUACAUGUCAGUCUACCAAGAUGAAGCCUCACACAGUGAAUCUUUGUUGAAACUUGCAAAGUUGGAUUUCAAUCUUGUGCAAUCUUUACACCAAAAGGAGCUCUGUGAUGUUACAAGGUGGUGGAGAAAACUAGACUUCGAAAAGAAACUGCCAUUUGCAAGAGAUAGGGUGGUGGAGUUGUUCUUUUGGAUAGUAGGAGUAUAUUUUGAACCUCAAUACUCUACUGGCAGAAUUAUUAUGACAAAAGUGGCUGUUCUUCUCAUAGUUUUGGAUGAUAUCUACGAUGCAUAUGGUACAUUUGAAGAACUCGUGAUUUUUACCAAAGCAAUUGACAGGUGGGAUCUCAAAUGCAUAGAUGAAUUCCCGGAUUAUAUGAAAAUAUUCUAUUAUGAACUUUUGAAUCUUUUCAAUGAAAUUGACGAGGUGAUAUCAAAGGAAGGAAGAUCACACCGAGUUUCAUAUGCAAUACAAGCUAUACCCCGAUCGUAUUUCAACGAGGCUCAAUGGUUACACGAAGGACGCAUUCCGAGCAUGGAAGAGUAUAUGCGCGUUGCAACCGUUUCGAUCAGUUACACCUUUCUAACGACCAUUUCAUUACUUGGCAUGGAAGAUAUUGUAACCAAGGAGGCAUUUGAGUGGUUGAUGAAUGACCCUAAAAUUCUUAGAGCUUCCAAUACCAUUUUUAGGCUCAUGGAUGACAUUGUUUCCACCAAGUUUGAGAAAGUGAGAGGACAUGCACCUUCUAGCAUUGAUUGCUACAUGAAGCAAUAUGGAGUUUCAGAGCAAGAGACCGUUGACGUAUUCAACAAAAAAGUUGCAGAUUUGUGGAAGGAUAUAAAUGAGGAGUUUCUUAGACCAACAGUUAUGCCAACGCCGGUUCUUGUGCGUGUUCUCAAUUUAACAAGAGUAACUGAUCUCCUUUACAAAGGGGAAGAUGGUUUCACACGGGUUGGGAAGAUGACCAAAGAUUGUGUUGCCGCGCUCCUUGUCGAUCCAGUGCCACUGUGA